AUGGUGAAAAAUCAUGCUGGAACCAUAGAGGCUCAUCAAUGGUCUGGAGGUGAAUGGGUUAAAAUUGGCGAUGUUGUUGGUUCAACUGGAAGCACAGAGAAAAAGGCCUUUGACGGGGAAGAAUACGAUUAUGUGUUUGAUGUUGAUGUCGAAGAUGGUGCUCCUCCUCUCAAGUUGCCCUUCAAUCACAACGAUAAUCCUUACGAAGCUGCCGAUAAAUUUUUGGCUGCAAAUGAGCUUCCUGCUUCGUAUAGAGAAGAAGUGGUACGAUUCAUACUCCAAAAUACAGGUGGCGCCCAGUUAGACCUGGCACCUGCUCCUGUUACUAAUCCUUAUAGCGACAACCAACAGACUUCAACGGCGGCCGCAGUCAAGGUCAUUCCCGAGAAAACUUACUACCAUUUCAAAGAGUACAAGGAAGAACAACUCAGCAGAGGAUUUGUAAAGUUCAACAAGGAACAAUCUCACAGCUUCUCCGAGAGCGAAACCAAUGAGAUUCUUUUGAAGUUGAAGAACUUGACUUCCGCGGAGUCAUUAUCCUUGUUGACUGUAACAAUACCUCAGAUACUUCUGAAGUGGGAUCCGAAGGCACAUUUGAUUGGCUUUGAUUUAAUGAGAGUUUGCGUUCCACGUAUAACAGCGGUCGAUUUCCUCCGCUCGCUUGAUGCUGCUCAAAUCGUAUUUGACUCAAUUUCCUCGGGAUUAGACACCGUUGAAGAUAAUGUCGCCCUCUUCAUGAUGAUAUUAAAGGUGUUGAACAACUUGAUUGGUACAGCUCUAUUUGCUCAAUUGUUCAUGACUGCCGAUGAAGAUGGCUCUACUCAGUUCAGUGAGCACUUGGUAGCAAUAUUGGACAAAGUGAGGAGAAAGUAUGAAGGUCUCGGCUCCCAACCUUCAAUUACGCAACUGAAGCACUACCAAACAACAUCGACAAGCUUGAGUACACUCAUCUACAAUUUUUCAGUAUAUCAAAUUCUGACCCAAUCCUUCAGUUCAAACCCCAAAACCGCUCAACCCAUUACUUCUUUUGCUAACGGUGUCGGAGAUGCACUCGUGGCCUCUGGAGCUGAAUCUGCUUACCGCUUGUGCAUCGCCUAUGGUAAUUAUCGAUUCGUACAUGCGUACCAGGCGGAACCAAAGUGGUUAGAAGCAGCUAGUAAGUUAUAUGGUUCUGAAUCGCGUUUCCGCAUCCUACUUGAAGAUAUCAAAAAUUUAUAG